UGUUUGUCUAUAUGUGCCCUGGGAUUGGCUGGCCACCAGUCCAGGGUGGGAUAGGCUCCAGCACCCCCGCCACCCUGGUGAGGAUAAGCGGUAGAAAAUGAAUGAAUGAAGAAAUAAGUGUUUAGCUUGCUAGCUAGUUAGCGGUCGUGUGGAGUUAUGCAAUGUGAUGUAAACAAAGAAUAACAGGAGUGUAAAGGUUAGUGUAAAUAUUCCAUUUAUGAAUAUUAAUGUUAAGAUUCCACAUAAAAAGGAGAACUUAACUGAAUAAAGGAUGUGAAGUUGGUUAUUAAUAUUCUAAUAACAUCCCCGACAGACAAGUGUUGACCAAGAAUGAAUCCACUCUGCGGCGGCAUCUUGCAGUGACGUCACCAGGGGGAGGGGGUGAGGGAUCCACGGUGAAACACCGUGUGUGUACACGGAAACCAGCUCCACGACAAGUCAACGAGCUGUCAGGAUUUGGAUUCCGUCCACGGAGACCCGCGUCAUGACUGCGACCGAACAGGCUUAAUUGUCCACGGAGACACUCGGUGGCUUCCGUGCUGCGGACGCCUCAUCCACGCAACCUGCCGUCACAGCCGCUUCUACUUGUGGAAAGAUGGUGGCCUUCUUUCUUCUUGUCUUCUUGGCUGUGUCGCCCUUACUCGGCGUACCUGCACACAAUACAUCUGCUGGUUGCGCUAUCAUCCGUCCUCCCAGAGACGGCGGGAUAAGAUACCGAGGCCUUACGCAGGAGCAGAUUCGUAGUGUUCAGGUUCUCCCUGUGGACUACGAGAUCGAGUACAUCUGCCGAGGAAACCGUGUCAUCGUGGGACCCAAAGUCAGGAAAUGUUUGCCCAAUGGAACUUGGACCGACCUGACCCAACAAAGUCGAUGCUUGUUGUUAUGUCCUCGGAUGUGGACCUCCUUGGAAAAUGGUCAAGUAUCUUCCUGGUCCGUGGGCCCCCCAGCGGAGGGCACGGUGCUGCGCUAUAGCUGCCUCCCUGGCUUCAUCCUGAUGGGCCCAAACGCAACACAGUGCAAUAAGCUGGGCAAGUGGGACACGCCCAAACCUGUGUGCCGCUAUGAUCGCAACUUCAAAGCUCUAGGCAAGAAGAAGCUCUACAUCGGCGCUCUGUUCCCGAUGAGCGGAGGCUGGCCCGGAGGCCAAGCCUGCCUCCCUGCCGCUAAGAUGGCCCUGGCUCUGGUCAACCAAAGGACGGAUAUCCUGCCAGACUACGAGCUGGAGCUCAUUCAUUAUGACAGCAUGUGUGAUCCCGGAGAAGCCACCAAGCUGCUCUAUGACCUUCUGUACACGGAACCCAUCAAAAUCGUUCUGAUGCCGGGUUGCAGUUCUGUGUCCACAUUGGUGGCAGAAGCAGCUCGCAUGUGGAAUCUCAUCGUGUUGUCGUACGGGUCCAGUUCCCCGGCUCUGUCCAAUCGCCAACGCUUUCCCACCUUCUUCCGCACUCAUCCAUCUGCGACGCUGCACAACCCCACUCGAGUACAGCUAUUCCACAAGUGGAAAUGGACCAAGAUUGCAACCAUUCAGCAGACAACAGAAGUUUUUACAUCAACCCUGGAUGAUCUGGAAGCGAGGGUGAAGGAAGCCGGGAUUGAAAUCAGCGUUCGGCAAAGCUUCCUGACGGACCCUGCUGUGGCUGUAAAAAACCUCAAGCGCCAAGAUGCCCGCAUCAUUGUCGGCCUCUUCUAUGAGACUGAAGCCAGGAAGGUCUUUUGCGAGGUCUACAAGGAGAAGCUGUACGGGAAGAAAUACGUGUGGUUCCUCAUCGGCUGGUACGCAGACAACUGGUUUAAGAUUAAGGACUCGUCCAUCAACUGUACAGUGGAGCAGAUGACGGAGGCCGUGGAGGGUCAUGUGACCACUGAGAUCGUCAUGCUCAAUCCAGAAACCGUACGAGGAGCCUCCAACCUGACGUCCCAGGAAUUUCUGGACCAGCUGAUGUCAAAGCUGGGGGGUAAAAAUGCAGAAGAGACCGGAGGUUUUCAAGAAGCCCCCCUAGCUUACGACGCCGUGUGGGCUCUGGCUCUGGCUCUCAACAAGACUGUGGGACCUCUCAAGGCCAAGGGUCACCGUUUGGAGGAUUUCAACUACAACAACCGAGACAUCACGGCUGAAAUCUACCGAGCCCUCAACACCAGCUCCUUUGAAGGAGUUUCCGGUCACGUCAUAUUUGAUGCUCAAGGUUCUCGGAUGGCCUGGACUCUAAUUGAACAGCUUCAAGGGGGGAGUUAUAAGAAGAUUGGAUACUACGACAGCACUAAAGGGAAUCUGUCCUGGUACGGGAAUGACAAAUGGAUCGGCUCUGGACCGCCUGCAGACCAGACCAUGGUCAUUGAGGAGUUCCGCUACCUGUCGCAGAAGCUGUUUGUCUCCAUGUCUGUCUUCGCCGGCCUGGGAAUCCUGCUGGCCGUCAUCUGCCUCACCUUCAACAUCUACAACAGCAGCGUCAGGUAUAUCCAGAACUCCCAGCCCUACCUGAACAACAUGACGGCAGUGGGCUGCAUGAUGGCUCUGGCUGCUGUCUUCCCUCUGGGCAUCGAUGGCCUUCAUGUCCACAGGAAGCAUUUCCCCGUCGUCUGCCAGUUCCGCCUGUGGCUGCUGGGUCUGGGUUUCAGCCUGGCAUACGGCAGCAUGUUCACCAAGAUCUGGUGGGUCCACACCGUCUUCACCAAGAAGGAUGAGAAGAAGGACAAGAGGAAGCACCUGGAGCCGUGGAAAUUCUACACCACCGUCGCCGUCCUCCUUGGCAUCGAUUUCUUGUCCCUCAUGAUCUGGCAGAUUGUGGACCCUUUACAUAUCACGGUGGAGAAAUUCACCCGAGAGGCCCCUAAAGGUGACCAGGAUGUUUUGAUCCAGCCGUUGUUGGAGCACUGCAGCUCUGAGAAGAUGAACACCUGGCUGGGCGUGGUGUACGGCUACAAGGGCUUACUGCUGUUGCUGGGCAUCUUCCUGGCUUACGAGACCAAGUCCAUUUCCACAGAGAAGAUCAACGACCACCGAGCUGUGGGCAUGGCCAUCUACAACGUUGCUGUGCUGUGUUUGAUCACGGCCCCCGUCACCAUGAUCCUGUCUUCUCAGCAGGAUGCCGCCUUUGCCUUCGCCUCCCUGGCCAUUGUCUUCUCGGUCUACAUCACCCUGGUGGUUCUGUUUGUUCCCAAGAUGCGGCGUCUGAUCACACGAGGCGAGUGGCAGUCCGACGCCCAAGAGACGGUGAAGACCGGCUCCUCCAUGAACAACAACGACGAGGAGAAAUCCAGACAGUUGGAGAGAGAGAACAAAGAGCUCCAGAAGAUCAUCCAAGAAAAAGAAGAACGCGUAUCUGAGCUGAGGAACCAGCUGUCUGAGCGACAGGCCCUGCGGUCAAGAAGAAGACCAUCCACCGUCAUGAAUCAAAACCACAGCACCCUUCCACUGGCCGUCCCGCAGACCAACCCCAGGUCCCUGGCCCACCCGCCAGGUUACCCGGCACCAGCGUCCGAUCUGCACGCGGUCACGCCGUCCUUUGGCAACUCGUCCAGCCUCUAUCAGCCCGACAACAAAAUUGGCCGCAAUAACUGUCAUACCAGCCGGCUGCAGAUGCUCUAUAAGUGAAGUGAGGGUGCGCUCGGAGCGCCAAGGCUGUCAUGACAUUUAUGGUAAUUGAGGAUGGACACUUUUCAAAGAGCAGAAUAUGUUAAAAAGAUUUUGUUACAAUCUGGCAUCCUAGUCAUGUCGGGAAAACGACUCCAAAGUGACCGUUUGCUGAGGUUGCCUCUCUUAAGGACGCCCUCCUCGGGUUCCGUCAACCAACGUUCCACAGACAUCUCCCAGCGGCUCGGGAAGACCCUCCAAUUACGUCGUAUCCGGUGUUCCACCUUGAUCGACAAUAGAACCAAAAUCCACCCGUUCAACUCAAGAGUCGUCCCUACGGCCGUCGAUGCAUGCAAGACUUGGUCUCUCACUAAAAGGCUGGCGCCCACGCUUCAUGUUUUUCCAGUAAUAAUGCCUGAAAGGAAAACCCAAAGUAGCGUACCUCUACCGUAUUACGAACGGGUCUAGACCAAUUGUUCCUUUCUGCUAAACAUCUACUUUCCUGUAUCUUGUUACCUCUCAAAAGGUCGGAUACCUGAACCAUCUGGACCAUCCGGACCGUGUCCCAAACGGUCCUAAAGUUCUAAUAAAAAAGUGUAGCAAAUGGAAUAUUGCGCCACAGGGAGAGCUUUUCAUCAGUGCCAAAUUUUUACCACAAACCUGCUGGUGGAUCGUUCCAUGCAGGGCGGACCAAAGGGGACACCUUUUUUAUGGUGUGGGGAUGGAAAAACCAAAAAUUAGAAAUGUAUCCCACCAUAACGAUAUUGAUUAUGGGACAAACACAGCCAGACCUUCAGAAAUCGUUGUCUGCCAAGUGGAGGGCUUCAGCAAACGGUCAGAUUUGUCGUACCCGUACCUUAUCAUGAUCUGGGCCCAAAGGCAAAGAUCCCAAUUUGCCGGUCAAUCUACGUUCCUACGACGGAUGCUCGUGAGCUUUUGGGAGUGACUGAAAGGACGGGUUUGUGGUUGCAGGUACUUGGAGUAGAACCGCGGCUCCUCCGCAUUGAGGUGGCUCGGGCCGGACGCCUCCCUGGGGAGGCAUCAGGGAUCAACAUGUCCCAGCGGUAGGAGGCCUCGGGAAGACUAUGGAGCUAUCCACACUGAAAAGGAUGUUAUCGUUUCAGCCUUUCAUCCACACGGAAACAACAUCCUGGGUGACCUGAAAGGGUUUGUUUUGGCUGGCUGCACGUGGACAAGUUAGCGCGCAGGCUAGGAGACCCAGGUUCAAUUCCACCCUCGGCCAUGUUCUCCCCGUGCAUGCGUGGCUUUUCUCCGGGUAUUCCGGUUUCUUCCCGCAUUCCAAAAACAUGCUAGGUUAAUUAGCCACUCCAAAUUGCCCAUAGGUAUGAAUGUGAGUGUGAAUGGUUGUUUGUCUAUAUGUGCCCUGGGAUUGGCUGGCCACCAGUCCAGCUGGGAUAGGCUCCAGCACCUCCGCACCCUUGUGAGGAUAAGCGGUAGAAAAUGAAUGAAUGAAUAUCUGAAUAUUUGGGGGCAUGACUCCACCCAGUCGACAUUCUCCUGAUAUUUUGUUGUCCCAAAUUCCAAAAGGACUUCAUUGUAAGUCCAAAGUCUAGACCAACCUUAGAAAGCUAAUGGACGGUUCCCAUCUGGAUGCAACUAUCUACCGAUCCACCACAAUGUGGGCACACACUUUUUUUCCAAACUGCCAAAAUAAAAAUCCCAGGAAUGUUUCCAUGUGGACAGCGCGAAUGUCUCAGCUGGCCUGGGAACACUUGGGGAUCCGCCGGGUCGCUGCGUGGGGUUCCCGACCUCAGAUAAGUGUAAGAAGACGAACGGAUGGACCGUACCAUGAUGUCACUAGAUGGUGCUAUGUACUGUCCAAGUCCUGACCAGUCCCAUCCCAAAAUUCCGGCUGACUGCAUGCCAUGCAAAAAGAUGUUUCAUUGGUUGCCAGGUAUUUUUUUACAUCGGUGGCGGUCUCUGUUGAAAGAGACGCCUGAGUCAUCGUACAUGGACUGGUUUUUACGGACAAAGCCUUUUUCUCAUCUCAUCCUUCAGACUCUCAGGUUAUUUGAACCAAGACCUCAAAGGAGGGACCACGUGAGACGUAAUUAGCGAGGAUUCAGGUAUGUGUGGCGUGUACGGUAAUGUCCGCACCAACACCGGUCCAGGGAUUGCCAAUGAAGUUCGGCUGAUCAAGCCUAUAAAAAGAUCAAUACUGCGUCUGAUGAUGACGUGGAGUUUAGCGUGUAGGAUCUUCUAAGGGAUCUGUCCAUGUGUGUGUGUGAAGAAAGCGCGGUGGACGCAGGGGGUGUGGCCUCUUUAAGUCAUGUGAUGUGUGUCAGAGACUGAGGGGAAGCACUGUGCCGAGGAGGAAGUCAGACGGAUUCACUUUCCAAAACUACCGUUGGGGUUUUCCCCCCAAGUAGACUAAAACUGCAGCUUGGCUCAUGUUUUACUUUGUGCGUAUGAAUCCAUGCCAACGUCGUACAAUUACAACGUACGGUACCAAAAUAUGGAUUUUUAUAUUAGGGCUGUCAAACCUUCAUGCCCUUUGGUUCUUGACUAGGGCCUAUUCAUAGUUGAAAAACAUGCAUAUACGAGCAUAUGUUAUCAUUUUUUUGCCCGAAUGAAGCAUUUAUUUCCAAAUAUAAGGCAUUCAUACAUUGUGAUCAUAUGUCAUUUUCUCCACUAGGUGUCAGUGAGACACACAAGCACCAGACUUGAUUGCCAGAGGCUUUCAUUGAUUGGUUGAAUGAUUUCACCACAGGAACAAUAUAAUAAUAAUAAUAAUAAUAAUAAUAAUAAUAAUAAUAAUAAUAAUAAUAAUAAUAAUAAUAAUAAUAAUAAUAAUAAUAAUAAUAAUAAUAAUAAUAAUAAUAAUAAAUUGUUUGUUAUUGUUUAUAAUUUAUU